AUGAAGACGAGUCAGCCUGUGGGACGAAGACCAGAAACUCUGACUCUCAAGUUUGAGGAUCUUCUGCAUCAGAGAUAUCAAAGUGUGGAUCUCUACAACUUCAGAGACACUGAGAGAGAGAAAGAGAGAGGGGAGAAAAAAGAAGAGGAAGCAAGGGAAAAGACAACAAGUAGGAAGGUGACAGAGAGAAGGGGGAGAAAAGAGAGGAGGAAGAAGAGAGGAGAAGGAGAUGCAGACAAGGAAGGAGAAGAAGGGGGUGAGGAAGAUGGAAGAGGAUGA